GAGAAGUGAAAGGGGCGUACGUGCGCCUGCGUACUACCUAACCGUUACCCGGAGACGGGAUCAGACCGGACUCACACUGCGUUUAACUGUGUAUCCCCGGUGCCCAGGGUGGGAGCAGAGGAGAAGGGCGGUAGCACCAAGCGAUGCCCAGGAGGAAGAGGAAUGCUGGAAGCAGUUCGGAUGGGACAGAAGAUUCUGAUUUCUCUACCGAUAUGGACCACACUGACAGUUCAGAAAGUGAUGGGAAUUCCCGGGGGCCUGCUAGAGUCACUCGUUCCUCUGCAAGACUGAGUCAGAGCUCUCAAGAUUCCAGCCCAGUCGGCAAUCUGCAAUCGUUUGGUGCAGAGGAGCCGACCUACUCCACUCGGAGGGUGACCCGCAGCCAGCAGCAGCCCACCCCCUUGACUCCGAAAAAAUACCCUCUCAGACAGACCCGCUCAUCGGGAUCGGAAACCGAGCAAGUGGUGGACUUUUGUGAUCGAGAUGCAAAAAAUGCAGGGGAUCAUGAUGAGUCACCCCCUCGCACUCCAACUGGCAAUGCACCAUCAUCUGAAUCAGACAUAGACAUUUCCAGCCCUAAUGUGUCCCAUGAUGAAAGCAUUGCCAAGGACAUGUCCAUGAAAGAUUCUGGAAGCGAUCUCUCUCAUAGGCCUAAACGAAGGCGCUUUCAUGAAAGCUACAAUUUCAAUAUGAAGUGUCCAACCCCAGGAUGCAACUCCUUAGGCCACCUAACUGGGAAACAUGAAAGGCACUUUUCCAUUUCAGGAUGCCCCCUCUACCACAAUCUUUCUGCGGAUGAGUGCAAGAAUUGUGAUGAAUUUCAGGUAAGAGCACAGAGUCGCGACAAACAGGUGGAAGAUAGAAUGCUGUCACACAGACAGGAUGAAAAUAACAGGCAUGCAACAAGGCACCAGGCUCCCACUGAACGCCAGCUGAGGUACAAAGAGAAGGUGACUGAGUUAAGGAAGAAGAGGAACUCUGGUUUAACAAAGGAGCAGAAAGAAAAAUAUAUGGAGCACAGACAAACCUAUGGUAACACAAGGGAGCCUCUUCUGGAGAACCUAACUAGUGAAUAUGACCUUGAGCUGUUCCGAAGAGCUCAAGCUAGAGCUUCAGAGGAUCUGGAGAAGCUGCGAUUGCAGGGACAGAUUACAGAAGGAAGCAACAUGAUUAAAACUAUCCUUUUUGGCCGCUACGAGUUAGACACAUGGUACCAUUCUCCCUACCCAGAAGAAUAUGCACGCUUGGGGCGGUUGUACAUGUGUGAGUUCUGUCUCAAGUACAUGAAAAGCCAGACAAUUCUACGUAGGCACAUGGCAAAGUGUGUAUGGAAACAUCCUCCAGGGGAUGAGAUUUACAGAAAGGCAUCUAUCUCUGUUUUUGAAGUAGAUGGGAAGAAGAAUAAGAUUUAUUGCCAAAAUCUGUGCCUUCUUGCAAAACUAUUCCUGGAUCAUAAGACACUGUAUUAUGAUGUGGAACCCUUCCUUUUCUAUGUCAUGACAGAAGCAGACAACACUGGCUGUCAUCUCAUAGGAUAUUUCUCUAAGGAGAAAAAUUCCUUCCUAAACUACAAUGUUUCCUGCAUUCUGACAAUGCCUCAGUAUAUGAGACAAGGCUAUGGAAAGAUGCUUAUAGAUUUCAGUUAUUUGCUGUCCAAGGUGGAAGAGAAAGUUGGUUCUCCGGAGCGCCCCUUGUCUGACCUUGGCCUUAUCAGCUAUCGAAGCUACUGGAAGGAAGUUCUGCUCCGUUACUUGCACACAUUCCAAGGCAAAGAAAUCUCCAUCAAAGAGAUCAGUCAAGAGACCGCAGUAAAUCCUGUGGAUAUCGUCAGCACCCUACAGGCCUUGCAAAUGCUUAAGUAUUGGAAGGGAAAGCACCUAGUAUUAAAGAGACAGGAUCUAAUUGAUGAAUGGGCAGCAAAGGAAGCCAAAAGAGCCAACAGCAAUAAGACAAUGGACCCCACCUGCCUAAAAUGGACACCACCAAAGGGAACUUAAACUCCUCUAUAUUACACUGACAGGGGUCCUGUCUUCCUUCCGGACUACAAAAUAAGUCUUUCUGCCUCCACAAGCUUUUGGACAUUUUAACUGGUUAUUGGUCUGUUCACCCCAUUGGGUGAUCCAUGCUAUGUUCAUCUACCUAUGGUAAACUUCACCACAGCAGAUGUUCACCUACACACUGGCUUUUUUUUUUUUUUUUUUAAUUGGGAGCUACAUGUACCUGUAGCCAUGUAAUACAUUGUAGAUAUCUAAACAAAAACUAAAAAAAAAAAGAUUUUAGUGACUGCCAAA